CCGCGGCCGCCCCCGCCGCCGCCGUCCCUUCCUCCCCUCCGCCGGAGCGAGCGCCUCAGCAGCGGCCGCCGCAAGAGGUGGCCGGACGCAGCAUGAGGAGGAGACGCGAGACACAAAAGCGGGGCCCGAGGGGAAGUGGCGCCCGCUCAGCCCCCGCGCGCCGCGGGGCGCGCAGCCAUCGACGCCGCCUGGGCAGCGGCCGGCAAACUUUUGCGAGGCUGGCUCUCCGCGAGUGCCCGGGCCCGGGAGGGGGCCCUCCGCAUACUUCCGAGCGGGCUGUGCCCGCGCCGGUCCCCAGACGCCGUCUGCCUCUUUUCCUCCUCCCCACUUUUUGGCUCGGCUGCCCCCGGCGGCGCUCGGAGUCCCGCCCCGGCCGCUCCCCGCCCCCUCGCGGCGGCUCCCACUGCGCGACUUUGUUGCCACCAAAAGGAGGGGGUGCGCGCCCAACAAAGAGACCCGACUCCAGGCGGCGCCUCCGCGCGCGGCCGGCCGGGGUAGUGGAUGGGCGGGGACCGGCUGGCCCGGCCGGGUGUGGGGGACGGCGGGCCGGUGUCACUGACGGGGCUGCCGAACCUCGGCCGCCGCCGCCUCCCACCCAACUUACGUGUCACCCACGGCCCCGCUAUUCUGGCCAACGGGAUUCCGGGAGGAAGUCCCACUCGGGCUCCCCGCUCAUUGGGCCCGUCAGAGCCGCCGCUCCCUCCCUUCGGGGAGGCAGUGCGGGGCUCGAUUGGACGCCCGCUUUGUCCGUCCGACCCCGGGGCCGCGCCUUCCCUCCCACCGCGAGGGCCCGCGAGGGGCUCCGUGGGCAGCGCGGCCGACUGGCGCCGGGGUGCGCCCACGUGGAGCGCGGGUGGGUGGGGAGAGCCCGCCGAGCCUGGGGCGGGGAGGUUGGGGUGCGCGGGCGACGUGUCCAGGCUUGCGGCUGGGCGAGGGUAAAGCCUUUGUUUUGUGUGCGGAUUUGUUGUUGGUGGGAACUCAGCUUAGCCACUGAAGCCAAAGAACAUCUUUCAGAUUCCAGUCUCUGCUUCACUGAGUGGGGCAAGAUCUUCAGGAUAUUUGUAUGGGAGACUGAGAAGUUCAAGAUCUGUGGUCAGCAAGCUGGAGACCCAGAAGAGCUGAGGGCAAUUUUCCAAUUGAAGUUCAAAGGCCUGUGAACCAGGAGAGCAGCUGAUAUAUGUCUCAACCCGACUUUGAGUCCAAAGGUAGAAGACUGAUGUUUCAAGUUAAA